AUGGCGCGUGCAAAAUGGCUCGUUCCAACGGUGGUAAAUCUAGCCGCAUUGAUUCAAGCAGCUCAAGUACACUUUUCAUUAGAGCUUACCUGGCAGAAGGGGUCGCCGAAUGGAGUAGAGCGAGAAUUUAUCUUCGUCAAUGAUCAAUUCCCUGGCCCGCCUCUAAUCCUAGAUGAAGGUGAUGAUGUUUCUGGUACCCCAUGGGCUGAUGGAGUAUCUGGUCUUUCACAAUGGGGCAUACGACCAGGUCAGAAAUAUACAUACAAGUGGCAUGCGGAUCAAUAUGGAACAUACUGGUAUCAUUCGCACGAUAAGGCCAGGAUGAUGGAUGGCUUGUACGGUGCCAUCUACAUAAGACCAUCGUCUGGCGAUUCACCAGUGUCAAUGAUCUCGAGUGAUCCUACAGAUAUAGAAGCCAUGGAGAAUGCUCGAAGAGACCCGCAACUUGUUCUUCUUUCCGAUUGGGACCAUCUAACGUCGGAUGCCUAUAUGCAAGCCGAAAUGGAUACAGGAUAUGAUAUUUUUUGCUCUGAUAGUAUUCUGGUCAAUGGCCAGGGUUCUGUCUAUUGCAAGGAUCCUGAAGAGUUGACCGAUAUGCAAGCACCAGAAGUCAAAGCUAUUUUGCAAGGCUUUUGGGAGCACCAUCCCGAUGCACUUCCAGGCAAUUUAAACUCCGGCUGUAUCCCGAGUGAGGGCCUUCAAUCAGUGUUCCAAGUCGACUCUGACGAUGAAUGGGUUAGUUUUAACUUCAUCAGUGCAGCUGGAAUUAAAGCUCUUGUCUUAUCUAUUGAUGAGCACCCAAUGUAUGUGUACGAAGUUGAUGGCCGUUCAGUCGAGCCACAACUCGCCCACUCAAUACCGAUAUACAAUGGACAACGAUACUCUGUCAUGGUACGUCUAGACCAAAACCCAGGAAACUACACAGUCCGGAUAGCAGGAAACGGUAAUCAAGUUAUCUCUGGGUUUGCAACGCUUAGCUAUAGAGGUGGAGAUGAGAACCAGCGCCAAUCCAUACCAUACAUCACUUAUGGAGGGCUUAAUACAACAUCUUCGGUUAUCUCAUUGAAUACUACCAGCUUACCUCCAUAUCCUCCAAUUCAGCCAGCAACCUAUGCCGACGAUUUUCAUCUUCUCACCUUGGGCAGAAUCAACUCAUCAUGGGAGUGGACUUUGGAUGGCACUUCAUUUCUUCCAGCAAACCUGGCUGAAAUUCAGCCCGUUCUUUUCAAUCCACAAACAACUGAGUUAGCUUCUGCUCUCAAAAUAGAAACCAAGAACAAUACCUGGGUGGACAUUGUUUUUCAACUUGCGAUUCCAGAGGGAACCUAUCUUCAGCCCCCUCACCCAAUCCACAAGCAUUCUAACAAAGCUUUUUUGAUUGGUGCAAGCCAAGGAAAAUUUAACUGGAGCUCUAUCAGUGAUGCAGCAAAGGAUUCUCCGGGUAGCUUUUACGAAGUUCCCACAUACAGAGACACAUUUGUUACUUCACCGGCUGGUGAGGCUUGGGUUGCUAUUCGAUAUCAUGUUGAAAACCCAGGCGCGUUUCUACUACAUUGUCAUACAGAAACGCAUCUGGCUUCAGGCAUGGGGAUGGUUAUACUGGAUGGCAUAGAUGCUUGGCCUGAGCUUCCAACUAUAUGA